GUGAUCUUCUUCCAUCCGCACCUCCCUUCAUUUUGUGGGGAGUUAGCGAUUGCAGUUUGUGUUGUGCUCAAUCCAAACCGUUACUGGGCCCCACAAAUCGCUGAGACUGCGUUUCGUUUCAUUUCCGGUGGCGUUGAAGCCACCGUUGACACCGUCGAACCAUCCGAGCCUUUCAAAUUCCAAUGACAUAUUUGGACGAGGAUGGUAUUAACGUCGACGGUGAUCACACGAAGGACGUGAUGCGUAAUCACGGCGGAGGAGAAUACGUCAAAUUGAGAUGGGACCCCCAAUCGGAGGCCACAAUCACCAUCGACCGGAAAGGCUCGGGUCUAUGGUAUUGGGUCAAAUCGGGGCUCUGUUUCCUAUGUCUGGGCUUCGUCGCUCUCCUUGCUGUCAAAUGGGUUGUCCCAUUCUUCUUAGAAAAGGCGAUUAUUCCGAUGAUAAAUUGGGGGACCAACAAAUUCACUUCUCCGGAGCUAGCAGUUAUGGUGUUUGCUUCUAUAGCGCUAUUCCCUACCCUAGUUAUGCCAUCCUCGCCUUCUAUGUGGGUGGCUGGGAUGACAUUUGGUUAUUGCUUCGGAUUCUUGAUAAUUAUUUCUGCAGCAGCAAUCGGGGUAUCACUUCCUUUCUUGAUCGGUUCAAUCUUCCAUCAUAAAAUUGAGGAGUGGUUAGAAAAGUAUCCAAAGAAAGCUUCUCUGCUAAGAUGUGCUGGAGAGGGAAAUUGGUUUCAUCAAUUUCGGGCAGUUGCUUUAAUCAGGGUUUCUCCAUUUCCAUACAUACUGUACAACUAUUGUUCCGUGGCAACCCGUGUGAAGUAUUGGCCUUACUUGAUCGGAUCCUUGGUAGGGAUGGUGCCAGAAAUAUUUGUUUCAAUCUAUACGGGAAUCUUGAUACAAACAUUAGCGAAUGCUAGACAUCAUCAUCACACUCUUUCUGCUCCGGAAAUUAUCGUCAAUGUUGUUGGCUUAUGUGUAACAGUUGGUACAAUAAUCUUUUUCACCGUCUAUGCUAAGAGGAAACUCAAGGAGUUACGAAAAGUGGAUGAUCUGCUCUUGAAAUAAUCUAGUAGGCUUACAUUAUCUUAUACUGGCACAUAUUGAUGAUGCACACGCACAGUCGAGUGAGGUUUAAUUCAUUAAGUAGCCUCAUCAUCUAUGGGAGUGUUUAAGGUCAAUUUUUUAGAGGCUCGCCGCAGAACAAGAUAACACGGCUAACAUCACCAUUGCACUAUUAGCAUGUUUGGAUCUACAUCUUGAAUGUGAUAUAAAAAAACUAUCCACAUUCUAAAUGCAAUUUUCUCAUUCUCAAUGGAUUUCCAAACAUGCUGUGUGUAUUAAAGAAAUGAAAUUCCAACUUUUGGAGUGGUUGUUUUUAAUUCACCAAGUUUUGUCCGUGUAAGUCAUCAAGUAUAUCGUUGUUGACUAGUCCUCUUCAUCUUCUCAUUUUUCUUCCAACCUUUUAUUAUGAUGGAAAGCACAAUAACCAAUAAUACAUAAAUGUUGCAUAUUUCAA